AAUAUAAUUCCAACCCUAAAAUUCCCGAACCCGAAGCCACAAAACGCUCGGGGCCUCUCUCUCUCCCUCUCUCUCUCUCUCUCUCUCUCUCAGAUCUCUUCUUCGUCCCCUUCCCCUCUCUCUCUCUCUCUCUCUCCCCCCUCUCUCUCUCUCUCUCUUUGUGUGCUCGAUCUCCGAGGAUCCAUGGCAGAUCAGCUCACCGACGACCAGAUCUCCGAGUUCAAGGAGGCCUUCAGCUUGUUCGACAAGGACGGCGAUGGCUGCAUCACAACAAAGGAGCUGGGGACGGUGAUGCGAUCGCUGGGGCAGAACCCGACGGAGGCGGAGCUGCAGGACAUGAUCAACGAGGUUGACGCCGAUGGGAACGGAACAAUUGACUUCCCCGAGUUCCUCAACCUGAUGGCCCGCAAGAUGAAGGACACGGACUCCGAGGAGGAGCUGAAGGAGGCGUUCCGGGUCUUUGACAAGGACCAGAACGGCUUCAUCUCCGCCGCCGAGCUCCGCCACGUCAUGACUAACCUCGGCGAGAAGCUCACCGACGAGGAGGUCGACGAGAUGAUCCGUGAGGCUGACGUCGACGGCGACGGCCAGAUCAACUACGAGGAGUUCGUCAAGGUCAUGAUGGCCAAGUGAUGAAAUCAAAACCUUUAGCCGCCAAUAUGCUAUGAGUAAUGAUACUGGUACCCUGAAUGUUCCCGAGAAUGUUGUUGAUUAAUCAGCUUUAUAUGUAUGACUAGCAUUUUUUACAUUUUGGACAUGCCACUCGCCGGCCGCCAAGUCUGCAAAGCUGAUUAAUGAACAACAUUGUGGAAUACAUUGUGGGGUAGCUGUAACAUUUUUCGAAAUAUAUAUAUAAACCAUAAAGACAAGGUAAUUUCAUGAUCAGGUUUCUACCGAGAAGCAACUCUAUGUGUAAUUGGUUUUAGUUGCGGAACGAAGGAGAGGAUGAAUCCUGCCCUGUUAUUAUAUCUCUUGUAUUUCUUUAAAUCAAGUAUGUUCCUUUGAUGCCUGUUUUACUACAUUUGUUACCCUUUUAUUUUCCCUUCUAUUUUGUUUCGUGUGCGCGGCGAACAAUGAUACACAUCCGUUUAUUUGAUUUGAAGUUGGAUGAAAUUGGUUUUUAUA